CUCUUGGUUUCUUUCUCUCUGCUCAGUCUUCUUUCCAUUCCCGGGCGCCCCCGGGCCGGCCCCUCCCUCCGCGCCAGCUUGCACCUCUCCCCAGCUGGGUGCACCUGAGGCUGGCUCGGUUCCGGACGCGUGCGGAGCGCCGCCGGGUGCGGUGGAGGCAGAGGCGCGCUGACAGCCACCUCCAGCCCUCGCCUGAGGGACAACACGCGUGGCGCUUGCUUCGGGGACUAUUCUCUGCGGCGGCCGCUCACGCCUUGCCUCGUGGUGACUAUCAACCACCGAAGCUGCAGGCGGGCAGUUGUGCGCCCCCGGGGCUAGUCAGCCCGGGCGGCCGCUUCUGCUCCCCAGAUGCCAGGGCCAGGGCGCCGAGCGGCCGCCAGCAGGAGGAUGAAGGGCUCGGCGGGAGGAAGGAGAGAAAAGCUGCUGGGGGCGACGAAGGCUCAGCCCAGCCGCGAUUUCACAUGUGCACAUGAUGGAGAAAGUGAGGCUGAAUUUUUACCUGAUGACUUUGAAGAAAAACCAGAAAGAGAAAAGAAACAUACCAAUUUCACUUUGUGCAAUGUUUGCAACAUUCAGCUGAAUUCGGCAGCUCAAGCGCAAAUCCACUACAAUGGCAAAUCACAUCAAAAAAGAUUAAAACAACUGAGCAAUGGGAUGCUGAAAAAUGACAAUGGUGGUACAUGCCAGAGCCCCGCUCUCCCAGCCCUGGUCCGUCCACCAGCCCCUCCUCUGCAGCCUUCGCUGGAUAUCAAACCCUUUCUUCCCUUUCCUCUGGACACUGCGGCCGCAGUCAACCUCUUCCCCAAUUUUAAUGCGAUGGACCCGAUUCAGAAAGCUGUAAUAAAUCAUACAUUUGGGGUUCCUCUUCCUCAUCGAAGAAAGCAAAUCAUAUCAUGCAACAUUUGCCAGUUGAGAUUUAAUUCCGAUAGCCAGGCUGCGGCCCACUACAAAGGCACGAAACAUGCCAAGAAGCUCAAAGCACUGGAAGCCAUGAAAAAUAAGCAGAAAUCUGUAACUGCCAAGGACAGCGCAAAGACUACCUUCACCUCCAUCACUACCAAUACCAUCAAUACCAGCUCUGACAAAACAGACAGUACCGCAGGGACACCAGCAGUAUCAACGACAACUGUGGAAAUUCGCAAAAGCAGUGUUAUGACAACUGAGAUCACCUCCAAAGUGGAAAAAAGCCCCACGACAGCCAGUGGCAAUAGCUCAUGUCCUUCCACGGAGACUGAGGAAGAAAAGGCAAAACGGCUUCUUUACUGCUCGCUCUGCAAGGUUGCCGUCAACUCUGCCUCGCAGCUGGAGGCGCACAACAGUGGUACUAAGCACAAAACCAUGCUAGAAGCUCGGAAUGGAAGCGGGACUAUCAAAGCCUUUCCUAGGGCAGGCGUGAAAGGCAAAGGACCAGUUAAUAAGGGAAACACAGGUCUGCAAAACAAAACGUUUCACUGUGAAAUCUGUGAUGUGCACGUCAACUCGGAAACACAACUUAAACAGCACAUUAGCAGUAGAAGGCACAAAGACAGAGCUGCUGGGAAGCCCCCGAAACCUAAAUACAGUCCUUACAACAAACUACAGAAGGCAGCACAUCCUCUGGGGGUAAAAUUAGUAUUUUCAAAAGAACCUUCAAAGCCAUUGGCUCCACGAAUUCUACCAAAUCCACUGGCAGCUGCAGCCGCUGCUGCCGCAGUGGCCGUGAACUCCCCCUUCAGUCUCCGAACUGCUCCAGCAGCCACACUGUUCCAGACCUCGGCACUCCCGCCAGCUCUCCUGCGGCCAGCUCCCGGACCUAUUCGGACCGCCCACACUCCUGUGCUGUUUGCUCCUUACUGAGUUCCAAAUGGGAGUACUUGUACUGCAAUAAUUUUUCAAAAAACAAACAAAAAACAACAACAACAAAAAAAACAA